GGCCACUCUCUCGCAGCUCAAGCACGUCAGCAGAACUCACUGCCUGCCUGCAGCAGCUGGCUCAGGACUGUCCACUCGUAUUUCUGAUUUGCCGAAAGAUUUGAUCGAAUCAAUUAUACAUGCAGUGAGGGUGUGCUAGAAGCUGAAUUAGAAUUAGACUUUCGACCCCUGGACCGCAUUUGUUUUGGAGUCUGGAGUCUGAUCAUUGAUACAUCAGCUGCUACACCAGAAUCCGGACGAACCGAGACACCAUAUGUAGAGGCCUCAAAACGGACCCGACAAACCUUGGAACCGCUGGCGGACUAACAGAGCACUCGAUAAAAUCAGAAAUCAAAGCGGAGAUGGUGGCGGAACGUCUUGUCCUGGUCGUCGGCGCAACAGGGAAGCAGGGCAGGAGUACGGUCAAGCACCUCCUCGAUGAGCCCGAUCAGCCCGCAUCAGGAGACUGCAGGUACAAAGUCCUCGCCCUGACACGAGACAAAUCAUCGGAAUCGGCACGCCAGCUGCUGGAAAGGAACAAACAGCACGCGGCACGGGGUGACUUCGACCUGGUGCAGGGCGACCUCGACAAGCCCGACAGCAUCAGGAAGAUCUUCCAGGAAGCCUCGUCAAGCGGCGGCGGCGGGAUAUGGGGCGUCUUCGUUGCGCUGGCCUAUCCCGGCCUCGGCGAGAGCACAGACGGGGAGGUCAAGCAAGCAAAGUUGAUGGCCGACCUUGCACUCGAGUCCAAGGUUGAGGUCUUCAUAUAUUCGGGUGCGAUCCAAGUCGGCGCUGAUGCGGACGACGCCCUCGACCAGUCUCAGCGUUCCAAGCCACAGAUUGAGAGCUACUGCAAGGAGCUGGGCUCAAAAGGGCUGAACUGGAUGUAAGCGGGACAUUGAUCUCUCGUCCCUGUCCAGCCGAGUCGUUCAAAGCUGCUGAACACAAGUUGCAGUAUUCUUCGGCCCGGCUUCUUCAUGGAGAACUUUGACGGGUUCAUCGGGACCAUCGCCGUUAGCGGUAUGCGGGCAGGACUGGACAAGGACACCACCAUCAACCUCAUUGCAUCGGAAGACAUCGGCCGAGUUGCAGCUGGUGUGCUGCGGCAACAUGAGAAGUACAUGCACAAAACCCUGACGCUCUCAUCCGAAGCGGCCACCAUGGAGCAGAUAUCCGAGUCGUACAAGAAGGCCACGGGCCGCCAGAUCCCUGCUGCUCCUACUCUGGCGGGCAAGGCGUUGGUAAAGUUCAACUCUGCCCUCCAGAACUUAGUGGAUGAUCUCAAGAGAACACAUCAUGCCCGAACCAGUGGACAGAUGACUGGGAUGGAAUCCGGGAUCGAGCUGGCCAAGUCGGUCUGCAAGCUGCGGACGUACUACGAGUGGAAGUCUGAGGUCACGGACGGGACUGCGGAUAAGGACUGGAAUAAGAUAUCGCUUUUCAAGCUCAUGACCGGCCGUUCCACUUUCGACGCUUUGAUCACUUCUAAGCUCGAGAUGCCGUCGUCUGUGCCAUCGGAGGCCCUGGAGACGAUCGUCUCCUCGGAGGACUUGGUUCAUUGCGUCGCCAGAUAUGUGCCAUCUCGAGCAGCACUGCAAAGUCUUUGCCUCGUCUCGAAACUCUUCAAUCAGGCAUUCUCACAGUUCCUCUACUCCAGCAUUGUCUUUCAUGACGGAAAUGCUCACAUCCUCCGAGAUCCAGAGGAACUCAUCAAGUUCACCUCGAAUCCCAAUCUCAUUUACUGCAAAUCUUUGGUGGUCAAGCUGAUUGAAGGUUCUUGGGCUAUUGGUAACCACCGUGAAGUCGGUCGCCUGGUCGACGCUCCUGGAUAUGGCCGACUGGGGGACAUCAGACAUUGGGCGGGCAGAUACAAUGAGAGCAUCGUAAAGAUCUUGUCUUUGACUCCCAAUAUCUACAGAUUCGAAUGGGAGAACUGGCCGAUAUCUGAAUCCGUGCUUGAGAUGCUUGAAGAACAAUGCCCAUCCUUGCGGGAUGUCUCAAUCGUCUACCCGAACCUGUCGAAGUUUUCCCGGACGGAGAGAUUCUAUCGAGAUGGAAGGAGCACCUUCAACGAUGAGAAGCCCAAGAUGAUACCGCUACCAAAACCUGAGCUGCAAAACCUCCGCAAGCUCUACUUGUACGAUAUCAGUGGUGAUGUCAAUUUGUGGAUUCCCAAGAUCGCCACCAUGCUGGGAAGGUCGCGUUUCCUCGAGGAGCUUGGCCUGUCUUUAUCAUCGGAGUGUGAAAGACAGCAUGCGCUGGCCGGGCAGUCCAGGGCAUUUCUGGACUUCUUCCCGUCUCUCGUACAGCGAUACCGGGACCAAGGGGACGAGCCGCUGAGGCUGCGCGUCCUCAAGCUGGGCUACGGGGUGCUCCUGAACAUGCCGAAGGGGAGCCUCGAGGACAAUGACUCAGACCAGGGCGAGUACCUCUCUUCCUUCACUCAUCGGGAAUACCUUGAGGAACUGUACAUGGACAACGACCUAGACGUGGGCUGCCCACUGAAGAUCCGCAGCUCCGCGGGCCGCAUCGCAUGGUCCUGGAUCACGCCGUCCUUCCUGCCGAACCUCAAGCGCUUCACCUUCACCAGCCUGUCCGUCCAGAGCCAGGGCUGGCUCGGCCAGCACCCGGACCCGACCUUCGCCAGCGGCCUGGCCAUGGGGAUCGGCACGGAGAAGCUCGCGUUCAGCUACGUCGACGACAGCGGCGCCCUGCACAGCGUGCGCGACAACAACAUCCGCCGGCACAUCGGCCAGAUAGGCGAGAGGACUUUCUUCCUGCACAAGUACCUGAACCACCCGAACCUGCCCCUCAAGAGCCCCGUCGUGUCGAUCCUGAAGCCCUGCCACAAGGACCUCCUCUGCCUCGGCAGCUGCACCUGGAUCAGGACGCUGGCCAUCUGCCUCCAGAAGCAGACCAUGAUCUGGGGGUGGAAGAAGAUCACGCAGACCCUGCCGCAGACCGAACACCUCUGGGUCCGCAUCGGGAUGGACUACCCGCUCCUGGACAGCCGGAGCGAAGGCAACCACAGGGGCAACGCGGUCCGGAUGCAGGACGGGGCGCUGGUCGAAGAGCAGCACUUCCUGCAUUCCUUCUGGAGGCGCAAGUGGGCGGAGAUGGCGGCCGCCAUGGCUGAGGCCAAGUCGUGUCCGACCAAGUACCUCAAGAUUGGGCACAUGGCAUGGCGGGUACUUCCGCGGCCGAAAGGGGCCAGGAAGGCUGUUUUGGAACCACUUGAUCGAUGGGAGGAUGAAAUAGAGGGCCCGGAUGUCUUCCGGUACAACAAUCCUGUGCGGCAAGAUCAUCCAUACUGA